AUGGUUGUUUCAGUUUCACCCAAGUCAACCCGCCUGGUUGCCACUCUUCUUUUUAACAUGAACUUGCUACUUGCUUUUGCCAACAUUAGGCAUCCUGUCAACAUGGUACCAAAUCAAGCCACUCAACAUGCUUCCAUGAAAUGCCCUAACCAACUCAUUCGAUGCUUUUACAACAAAACAAACAGGAAAGGGAACAAGGAGUCCUUGCGUUUGAGGAAAAGACCCCCAAAGAACUGUUCGACCAAAAAACUGGAAGAAUUUGAUAUUACAAAAAGCAAGUGUAAUCCAUCUCCUCUCCUUGCCCCAAAGUCCAUUUUCUCUAACUUGUAA